AUAAGACCGACCGACCGGCACCGAACCGGACGCGCUUUGAAACACAUCUCGCUUAAGACGUACAUCCGCUGCAGUGACGAACCGAUUGCACACGUGCUCCACCGACGUUUUUUUUUUUUUAUUCGGUUUCACAGACUCGAUCGCCACUGCUCCGAAGUAUACUCUCCGAAAUCUGCCCACAAGCGGUACCCACGAUCUCUGAAUCAACGCCGUUCCGAAGACCUAUAUAGGAACCAUAAAAAAAACGACGAUCGCCGUGGAAAUGCAUUGGCUGUGCAAGUGUGUCGUCGGCUUGACGGUGUUGGCCACCGCCACACGGUCAGCGACGCUGCCGAACGUGGCGCAGAAAUGUGUGCCGCCCGGGCCGGGGCUGUCGCUGAACGACUUCCUUUCCGGCAAGUUUUACCUGUUCGAACGGCAGCAGGAGUUCAGCAUCAAACUCUUGCAGACCGCCGUCACCGCUUCGCCCAAGCAGAACUUGAUAUUCUCCCCCCACAGCAUAUACACUGCACUGCUCAUCACAUACUUCUUGAGCAACAACGAAACGGAAGAGACGUUAAAGCUUUUCCUCAAUCUACCACCGGAACAGAGCAAACUGAGCGUGAUGCAAGCGUACCGCAUGGAGAAACUGUUCCACUCGAUGAGGGCGUUGAACACAAGCGGAGAUUACGAGUUCAGCUCGGUGGACCGCCUGUUCGUUUCUCAGAGACUUCCGAUUCAAAAGUGCAUUGCCGACGUGUUCAAGGACGAGGUGCACAAAAUGGAUUUCGUCGUCGAUCCCGAACUGGCUCGCAUGUACAUCAACAACUGGGUGACCAACCAGACCAACCAGCAAAUCAAGGACCUGUUGCCCGAGGGAAAAAUCACGUACGAGACGAGACUUGUGCUGGCGAACGCCGCGUACUUCAAGGGCUUUUGGAGCUCGAGGUUUUCCUCGGAGAGCACGAAAGAUGAGGUAUUUUACACUUCACCCACCGAAAACGCAUAUGUUCCGAUGAUGUGGCAAUCCGGCGUUUUUAACCUACUGAGCUCCGACGAGUUGGGUGCGCACGUCCUGGAACUCCCGUACAAAGGCGGUGACAUCAGUCUGUUCGUGAUCCUGCCACCUUUCAACAAACAACGUGGAAUUAGUCAGCUUAGUAAGAGGCUCAAUACCAACAUUUUGCAAAACAUUGUGUCGUCAGGUGAAUGGACGUCGCGUCCCGUCGAGGUGUCUUUACCCAAGUUUAAUGUCGAACAGAGCAUGGACAACCUCGUAUCGCUACUGGAGCAAAUGGGAAUCGGAAACGUGUUCAAAGGCAAAGUCGACCUGUCGGCGCUGACCGGUAACGCAAACGACGUGACCAUCGACGACGCUGUGCACAAGGCAAAAAUCUCAGUGGACGAAGAGGGCACGAUUGCCGCGGCGGCCACGUCGUUCCUGAUGUCCCGGUCAUCCAGGCCGGUCGAGCCCUUCAAGUUCCGGUGCAACCAUCCAUUCAUCUACUUCAUGUUCGACAAGGUCACCGGAUCGGUGCUGUUCAUGGGCGUUUACAAUUCGCCAAAGUCCAACUAGACCAUAGAAUGAAGACGCCACCGCAUGUUCGUCGACGGACGUGUUGUGCACUGUAAAACAUACCCUUGUGCGGGACCGUAGUAGGAAGGCAACCUAUAAUAAUAUUAUAUGUAUAGGAUUGUGAUCAAUCGGUUAUUACGACGUAAGAUGUAAAUAUUCGUACACGUUUAAGGUCAUUAUUACUAUAAUUAUUAUUAUUAUUAUUAUUAUUAUUAUUAUUAUUAUUACUGGUAUGUAUAUAUUAUUAUUAUGUUAUAUUUUAAUUUUACCACCGCGUGUGGGCAUUGUAAUAUGCCCCAUAAAACGAACAACAUAGACUCCCGAUAGCGAAUGUACCCAUACACCUCAAGGGGGAUCCAGUAUUGUAGGGCACUUAAAACCUUUUUACAAAGCUGCUUUUUUUAAUAAUUAAUGAAAAAUUAUAUUGUAGUUUUUUUUCCCCAGCGCACCCCCCUCGAUUCGCCCUCUAUACACCAGCGCACAUGUACAAUUACGUCACACGUGGGCUGCCAAGGUAGUUUUCAAGAUUUAUGUUGGGUGCCACAAGAGUAUGUUAUCGUAUUGUUUUCAUAAAUCUAUAUUUUGGAAUUUCCUUUAUAUUAUUUAUAAUAUAUUAAUGUAAUAUAUGACAAAAAAAAAAAUGUAUUUUUUUUUGUGAUAUAAACACUGCGUAGUAUGUCGCCGAGUCGAAGUGAUUGACCGCUCACUAACCUUUUGUAAAUUUAUAAUAAUAUAAUAAUAAGCCGAUGUCACAUUUCUCUCAAUUACGGAGAUCGUCGGAAGACGAUGCAAGUGUAGGUAUAAUUUAUACGUGUAUAUUUAUAUAAUUAUAAUGUAUUAUUAUUAUGUGUGAAUAAAUAUAUAUAUAUAAUAUUACACGGUAAUA